UAAGCUAAAUCAUCACGAGCAACAUGGUUGAGUGGACAGAUGAAGAGCGCGCGGCCAUCUCCAACAUCUUCUCCAAACUAGACUAUGACGAUAUUGGCCAAAAGUCCCUGUCAAGGUGUCUGAUCGUGUACCCCUGGACCCAGAGGUAUUUCGGGGGCUUCGGCAACCUGUACAACGCAGAGGCCAUCAUGAACAACCCUCUGAUUGCUAAGCACGGCACCAUGGUGCUGCACGGUCUGGACAGAGCUCUGAAGAACAUGGACGACAUCAAGAACACAUACGCCGAGCUGAGCGUUCUGCACUCCGAGAAACUGCACGUGGAUCCCGACAACUUUAAGCUGUUGUCUGACUGUCUGACCAUCGUCAUCGCUGGGAAGAUGGGCAACGCAUUCACGCCCGAAUAUCAGGCAUCCUUCCAGAAGUUCUUGUCAGUGGUGGUGUCUGCUCUGGGCAGGCAGUACCACUAGAGUCAGUCUCCAUAUAGCUGGCCGAGGAGACAGCCUGUGUGCUCAUGUGUUUCACUCUUCAAUUAAUUAAUAAAA